CUCUCGAUCUCUCCUCCGCCGCACAGAUCCAGGACAGUUUCAUCAUCCUCUCUGCGAAAAUGGUGACGGCCAAGAAAACGAAGAAGUCACACGAGGGAAUCAACAGUAGGUUGGCUCUUGUAAUGAAGAGUGGUAAAUACACUCUUGGUUACAAGUCUGUGCUCAAAUCCCUCCGUGGCUCUAAAGGGAAGUUAAUUCUCAUCUCUUCGAACUGCCCACCGUUGAGAAGAUCAGAGAUUGAGUACUAUGCUAUGCUCGCCAAAGUUGGUGUCCACCACUACAAUGGAAACAACGUUGAUUUGGGAACAGCUUGUGGAAAGUACUUCCGUGUUUCUUGUCUGAGCAUCGUUGAUCCUGGUGAUUCUGACAUUAUCAAGAGCAUUCCUGGCGACCAGUGAUAACAUUUUCGAUUUUGUUUUCCCCCUACUUGUAUGGAUUUUCUCAAAUUUUAUAAGCAAAAGAUCUUGUGCUUGGUCUUGUUACUUUUACAUUAUGAACCGGAUAGGAAAAUAUAAAUGUUUUUGUGACAUUUCUGAGUCAAAUUCGCUGUUCUAUCUUUCAAUAUGUAUCAAACUUCAUUCUCCGUUUCAAAUUCUUAUUUCCUAAUGAAGAAACUUA